AUGUCUAACAGCAGCUUCCCAGAUGAGUUCCUCCUCCUGGCAUUCACAGACACAAGGGAGCUGCAGCUCUUGCACUUCACACUCUUCCUGGGCAUCUACUUGGCUGCCCUCCUGGUCAAUGGCCUCAUCAUCACAGCUGUAGCCUAUGACCAUCACCUCCACACUCCCAUGUAUUUCUUCCUCUUCAACCUUUCCUUUCUUGACCUUGGCUCCAUUUCCACCACUGUUCCCAAAUCCAUGGCCAAUUCCCUCUGGAACACUCAGGUCAUUUCAUACUCGGGGUGUGUUGCCCAAACAUUUUUGUUUACUUUUUUUGUUUCAGCUGAAUAUUCCCUUCUCACUGUCAUGGCCUACGACCGCUUUGUUGCCAUCUGCAAACCCCUGCACUACGAGACCCUCAUGGACAGCAGAGCUUGUGUCAAAAUGACAGCAGCGGCCUGGGGCACUAGUGUUCUCAGUGGGGUCUUGAACACUGCUAAUGUAUUUUCAAUAACAUUCUGCCAAGGCAAUACUCUGGACCAGUUCUUCUGUGAACUUCCCCAAAUUCUCAAGCUCUCCUGCUCAGACUCCUACAUCAGAGAAGUUGGGAUUCUUGUGGUUAGUAUUUCUUUAGCUUUUGGGUGCUUCAUUUUCAUUGUGCUGUCCUACGUGCAAAUCUUCACUGCUGUGUUGAGAAUGCCCUCUAAGCAGGGCCGACACAAAGCCUUUUCCAUGUGCCUCCCUCACUUGAUUGUGGUCUCCCUGUUUGUCAGUACUGGUGUGUUUGCCUACCUGAAGCCCCCCUCCAUCGCCUUGCCCACUCUGGAUCUGGGCCUGGCCAUUCUGUACUCAGUAGUGCCUUCAACCCUGAAUCCUCUCAUCUACAGCAUGAGGAACAAGGAACUCAGAGACACGCUAAAGAAACUGAUCCAGUUAGUACUAGUUCAGCAGCAAUGA